AUGGAGGAAUAUCAUAGACAAUGCUUGGAAGUGGCUAAAUCAGUUGGUAGGCUUGUGGCCCUUGCUCUUGAUCUCGACAUCCAUUUCUUCGACAAGCCAGAAAUGCUUGGCGAGGCCAUACAAACACUAGGGUUACUACACUACGAUGGUCAAGUUUCUGAUCCAGCGAAUGCAAUUUUUGGAGCUGGAGCUCAUUCGGACUUUGGUUUUAGAACCCUAUUGGCAACAGAUGAUGUUGUAGGUCUCCAAAUAUGCAAGGAUAAGGAUGCGAAACCUCAAGUAUGGGAAUAUGUACCACCAAUAAAAGGAUCAUUUACAGUGAAUCUUGGUGAUAUGCUGGAACGCUGGAGCAACGUGUUUUUCAGGUCCACAUUGCAUAGAGUUGUAGGGAACGGUCAAGACAGAUACUCUAUCGCAUACUUUAUAGAACCAAGUCACGAUUGUCUUGUUGAGUGCUUGCCUACCUGCUAA